UUUCAUCGGAAGUGAAGGAUUGUACUAUGUUUAAUAGUUAUAACGUGGGGUUUCCUCUAAUCUGAACUUAUUAUUCAGUGUUAAAAGGCGAGGUUGUCGGUGAUGUUGACUGCAUACAGCAGCAGCUCAGAGGAGGAAAGUGAGGCUCCAUCGACCACUACUCAAAACUCAUCUGUGUCUUCUAAGUGUCAGGAGGAAGAUGACCACAGCCCACAAAGAAAGAAACCGAAAAUGAAGGAACAGGUUGUUGAAACAAGUGUUUCCAGGUUGCCUCUUCCUGGUUGCUUGUUGGAGAUGUUCCCAGAUGAAGUGAACUCACAGGCUGAAGAAAGUGCUCUUCAUGGUGGACGUGUCCGGUCGUUUAAACAUGAGAGAGGCAACUGGGCCACUUACGUUUAUUUACCAUACCAUCCUGAAGAAGAAUUUAGGUUGUUGUUAGAGGAAAUGCUUUCGGUAGCAAGGGCUCGUGGUGUGGUUAUGACCCCUCAGGAGGAGUUUCACCUCAGCCUGUCUCAGACAGUGGCGUUGAGACACCACUGGAUCCAGCCCUUCACACAGAGUCUCAGAGCCGGCCUUGUGCAUUGCAAGAGGUUUCUAUGUUCAGCGGGGAGACUGAGGAUCUAUUGUAAUGCUGAAGGAACAAGGACAUUUCUCGGGAUGGAAGUGUCUAAUGGGCAUGCCCAGUUGUUGGACCUGGUCCAAGUAGUAGACAAAACAAUGGCAGAGUUUCACUUGGACCCUUUCUAUAAGGAUCCAUCUUUCCAUGUGAGUUUAGCCUGGUGUGUUGGAGAUUUGAGGGAACAGAUGAAGGAAGGAAUUCAGGAGCUGCAGAGUCUGGUUGAUGAUCAUGAAGAAGGACCAUUUCAGCUAAUGUUGGAUUGCGUUGAGGUGCAAUGCAGGACAGGAAACAAGACCUUUCGUUUCCCUCUGUAGCUCUUAGAUUGGAUGCAUAGUGUACCCUGACCUCUGGACCUUUUGUAUGUUUCUUCUUACCCUCAGAGGUUUGGGCCAAAAACGUCACUAGCAUCUCAUAUCAAGUUACAGGCCAUGCUGAAAUGCCAGAAGAAGGACUUGCUAUAUUUUAUACUGCAGUUUUGGAUAUUUUUGACCAUAAAAAGAAAUGUUGUUACAUACUCUUCUUGGGUAAUAAUUAUUAAUGUUAAUAUGAAAUAAACAUAAUAAGAAGAUAAUGUGAUAAAUAAUAAAUCUUGUACUGUUUGUAGGUAAA